AUGACAAAUUUACGUGUUAUCAAUAUGAUUAUCAUUAUUCUUGGUAUUUUUCUCAUCAUUACACCUGCACAUUUUUGUUCAACUUUACCACCAGAAGCGAAAAUGACAACGGAUGAAAUAAUACUUUAUUAUGGUUAUCCGGCACAAAUAUUUCAUGCAUAUACCACUGAUGGCUAUAUUUUAGAUCUUCACCGUAUUCCGUUUGGCAGAAACGGUUAUUCUACUAAACAAAAACAUCGUCCAGUAAUUUUACUGCAACAUGGCUUACUUGGUUCAAGUACUGAUUGGGUAGGAAAUCUUCCAAAUCAAUCUUCUGGUAGAGUUUUUAUUACAUCAAAAAAACAUAGUUCAUAUAUAAACAAGAGUACAUCCAUUACAGUAUUGUAA